AUGAAUUUACCUGAAAAAGAUUGGGAUUAUCACAUUUUCAACAGCCAAAAUCUUUAUUUAGUCACUAGAAAUCGCCAAACUGAUAUGCAAGAACUAAUAAUCUUUGAUACAAAGCUUAUGAGACUAAAAAAGUCCUACAUUGAGGACCUGUCAAUGGUUGAUGAAAUACAGAACAUAGUAAUGCUCCCAGAAUCAAAAUUAUUUGCCUUUGCGCUUACCAAUAUAGCUUGAGCAUCAUAUAUGCUGCUUAGCCUUCAGCUCUCACGCCAAGCUGGGAGCUGCUGUGAAGUCAACUACAGUUGACAAGUCAGUCCUCUUUUGAGCAAAACUGAAAGAUAUUGCAGAUUUGUCUAAUUUAGAAUUGACUCAUCAACGAUAGUUUAAUUCACAAAUUCACCAUUUGGUCGGAGGAGCUAAAGACUAAGCAAUCCAUAUGAAUCUCAAGCUAUAGUAGAUCAACUCCAAACUUUUCAUGUAUAAUUAACACCAGACAUGGUAUAAUUGAAAAAACCUUCAAUAGCGCUCCAUGCAUUCCACUAUGCUCCACCUACUGCAAUAACUCAGUCUAUGUUUUUGGAUGCAGUUCUGAUAGGCUCACGAGUAUUACGGCAAGGUUUGAUUUUAUCAAUAAUAAAUGAGAAAAAUUGCCUAUAAUUCCACUAUCAUGCAACUUUUCUUGCACUCCUUUUAAAGGGUCUAUUUUGAUUUAUGGUGCAGAGCUGUAUCAUUUUGAUACAUCUACAGAAUCUUAUUCAGAAAUCUCUCUGCAUUACUCAACCCAGAUUUGCUCAAAAAUAUUAAUGACAGCAAAUUCAAGAGUUUAUAUUUUUGAGUCUUACGGAAGUAUUUUUGAGAGUGAAAUAGGAAAUGAAUAUUGUUGAAAAAACAUCGGAAAAUCUAAAAUUCAAAUAGAAACACCUGGCUAUGUAAGUAAUGUAAUUAGCCAAGAACAUAUUUUUUUGGGGACAUAUAUAUUUCUUAACUCAAACAGAGUUAUGCGUUGUUCUUAUUACAAAUUUGAUUUAAAGAACAAAGGAGAUCUAACUUAUUUUGCGGAAUUUGAUUUUAAACUAUUUUACUUUUAG